CAGAUUCUUCAUUGGUAUUAUUCUCCGAAGGAAAAGGUAAAGAGUGAAAAUGAUAGUAUUCAUCGUCUUAAGGGUUUGUCGCUAAUGCCUAUCUGAUUUGCUUAGCCUUAAACUAUGGUAAAACGGGCAACAAAAACGUGCAGCUUGUUUUGCAACCUUGCCUCAAAACCAGUUAAAUAGCCAUGUUGCGCGUUUUACCAACCACAAAUCAAACUGUCUUGAACCAAAUCAGGUUGAUGCAGUUUGCGAAAAGUUGGUGCGGAAAGGAGAGAGUUCUUACUACUUUUUGCAACAAAAUGUUACGCGUUUUACUGGCCCAAGACAAACUUGCUUUGCUGCAAGUGACUUAUCACGUGUAUUAUGUGACUCCCGUAUUCACAAAACUUGUAACAAGAGAAGUUUGAACGUGGCUUUUCAACUCGUUAGGUAGAAUGCUGCUAUAUACAAGUUAAAGGAUUUUGUUUCCCCUUUCAACGCUGCUUAAGAUUUCAAUACACAAGUAAGUCUAUAUAUUCCAGUAUAGUUUUCCCUGGGAUUCUGUGAGGCAUUUUACAGGGCCGGGGCUUCUUAAGACACGUGAUUAGACCGGCAUAGCGCAGUUACAGGUUCAUUUUUUCCGUAUUCUGUGUGGCAAGCGUUUCCUUGCAGUUUCGGAGCAAAGAACGAGAAACGGUCGAGAGUCAAAGACCACGCGAAAAAUGGGGCGAGUAUAGAGCGGGGAGGAUGUCUCUCGCUCCAAUUUUCCUGCGGCCAAAACCGAUCGUAACAUCCGUAUUUCUUGAUUCUAAGCCUUUUCAAAAAGAAAAACAGAGCGGUUAAAAAGAGCCUAAAGCGUUUAUACUAUUGUAUUGGUAAGAUUAUGUAAGAUGACUAAGAUGCCACGGGUUAACAUUUUAAUCCAGUAACCUUAGCGGCGACCAUUUUUCUUUUAGGAAUCCAAGUGGAAAAGAUGCAAGAGGCUUAUAUCUGGAGAGCAAAAAAUCAAAAAGACUCAAAUCUCAUCGAAUGACUCAGACAUUCUGAGUAUCUACAGGCCUGAUCAAGAUUGCGCGAGUGUUUUACAAACUCGUUUUGUUCAUCCCCCUGUGUCAAAAGAAGAAAAGCAGCUUCCGAUCGCUUUUAGUCUCACUGUUUAUAAAGGUUCGCGUCUGCUCGACCGAAUUCUACGAGCUAUUUACAUGCCAAACAAUGUCUACUGCAUCCACAUCGACAAGAAAUCCCCAGAGGUCUUCCGUAAAGCGAUACAGGCCAUUAUACGCUGCCUUCCAAACGUUUUUAUCGCAGCAAACAGUGUUGACGUCCUCUGGGGACAUAUUACUGUAGUUCAAGCUCAAUUCAGUUGCAUGGAAGAGCUUUUGAAAUCACAAGUUAAGUGGAAAUAUUACAUUAGUUUAGUUGGACAGGAUUUUCCACUUUAUGAUAACAAGCAGGUUGUAAAAGCAUUACAAGCUCUUAACAAUACUAACAACAUAGAAAGUUUUCCAAUGCCCAAAAGUCAAUUAUACCGAAAUAAAUUUGUUUUCAUAUUAAAGAAACGCCGGAUGUACAAUACAAAAAAACAAAAAGGGCCGCCACCACACAAUAUUUCAAUCUAUAAAGGAUCAACACAUAUUAUUGCUAUAAGAGAAUUCGUCGAGUUUGUUCUUUAUAGUCAAAUAGGAAAAGACUUCUAUGAAUUCUUAAAAGAUUCUCAAAUACCAGAUGAAACGAUAUAUUCAUCUUUACAAAGACAUCCAGGAGUUCCAGGCGGAAUCAACGGAAAUCAACCAACUUGGAUACCACGGGCCUUGUAUUGGAUUGGUAAGGAAACCCGUGGCAUCUGUCGUGGGAAAUGGGUGCGACAGCUAUGUUGGAUUACCUUCCAAGAUUUACGCUGGGCACUGGGAGAAAAAAAGAAAGACAAACUUUUUGUUCAUAAGGUUCCGUUUAAGUUUAACGAUGAAUUAAUAGAAUGCAUUCUCGUGGCAAGGCAAGGAAGGAAGUACGACACUUCAAUGUGGAAAGAAGAGAAGAGAAUAUACAAUACAACUAGUGUUUACCAUUCGACUAAAGUCGCACCAACGGUAAUGGCGAAUGGUAAUUUAAAUAUUGCGAAGGAAAAGAGGACAGAACUUUUGAAUAAACAGAAAUCGAAGAAUGGCAGGUAA